CGCCCGCAACUACAGACUACAGUAGCAUCGUAUCACACCACCUCGGCCAUCGUACAUGCGAGCCUGGAAAGCGUCCUCGUGUACGCAUGUACGUGACCCCUGAGGAGUACCUCAUCGGGCCCGUUUCAGUUACGACGACGUCACCGCUUCCGCCGCUGAUGCGAUGCCCAGGAGUGCAGGGCUACGUCUCGCGUCGACAGAACCAUACCGGGCCUGCCUCGUUAUCGUUGCACCAGCAUCCACUGCUUCGCCAUGGCCCCGUCGUCCCAGCGCAGGUCCGAACCGCUAGGCGGCGUCGGAAGCCAAUCCUCGAGAGCGUCGCAGAGACACUCCUCAAGGGGGCCGCCAAGCGAGUACCAACUCGACGAACUCGAUCCUCAGCCUUACGAUGCCGCUCCAGCUUUCGAUAUCGAGCCGCCGCAACCUCGUCUUCGAAAGCACGCCGCCCUGGGUAUGGACCGGGAGGCAUCACCGAGCUCUUGGCUCGACAGACCGAGCUCGUCGGGCUCGUCGUCCAAGCUCGCGAAUUCUCCCGCAAUGUUUGCCGGCCCUCCACCACCUAUCGCUGCCUCGAGGCUCUUGGCCAACAGACCCGGCACCUCCAGAUCGAGACACGAUGGCAACCGGCAGCACCAAAGCUUUGUGGCCACUGGUCGCGCGACAGUAAGCAGUGUCCUGUUUGGUCAAGGGCCAAAUUCCCCGGCUCAAAACGCAGACUCGGCGUGGCGGGCCUUGCAUCGCCGAGAACAAGCCCUGGAGCUAGAUGUGCAGCACCUUCUCGAUCUGCAGGCCGCGGGUUUGCUCGCGGGUACGGCUGAAACACUCGACGUGACUUCCAACAGCGAUGCAGACGGACACAGCGAUGCCGGGAGCAGUACUCCCACCGGCACCUUCUAUUCCACCGCCAGUUCCAGGUCCAGGAUGCCAAAAAGUCUAUAUCUGCCGCCUCGAGCCACUUCAGAAGGGAAUGUGAUCCCGGUCCGGCAACCGGCGAAAGCCCGUUCGGUUGGCCUUCGGGGUGCGAGAAGUGGACUGCGCAAAUCUAUGCAGGCACUUGCAGACUUGAAAGGAGAGGAGGAGACCCACAUCGAUACUGCUCUUUCAGCCAGAAGCCUAGCUCUUGCACGUUUGAACAAGUUGAGAACCACGCGAGCCGGCAUAUUCGACGAGCUACAGGUCCUCGAAGGCGACGAGGAAGAGCCACUCGGGAAGGAACUUCGAGACCUCGAGAAGAAGCAUGACGUGCUGGAUGGCGACAUUCGCGCGCUCGAGGAGAAGCUAGUAGGAAUGCGAAACCGGCGUCGUUGGCUACGCGACCAAAUGAAAGAAGUCAGGAGCAAGAGAGACGCUGGUCUCAGCGGCUAUCGAGGCGCACUGGGAGAUGUAGAUGGCAAGGUCAGGGAACUGAUGCGUGCCCCUCCCGUGCUGCCACUGGACGGCGACAUGGUCGGCCACGGUGCACCCUCCUCAACCGGAGGCCAUGAGUUCAUGCGGCUGAUCCCAGAGCGACGAACGAUGGACAUGGCGGAGGCGUGGUGGGAAGCGGAGAGGAUCCUUUUGGAAAGGCGAAAGGCGCAGGUCCAUCAAGAGAGGCUGGCUCUGGAGGCUGGCGGUGCUACAUGGUACGAGGUCAUGACCCUGGUGUCGGACUUUGAGUCGAGCCUACGUGGCAUUCUGAGAUGCGGGACAGAUCCCUCGGCGCUGCCCUCGUCUAAGGGCAAGGAGAAGCAGCCGUCCAAGGAGGACAUGAUUCUUGGCCAGCUUCCGCGAAUGGAUGGGAUUGUAUCCGAACUCGAGCAACGAGCAAACCUAGCAGAGCGCAAUGGGUGGAACCUUCUGAUCUGCGCUAUUGGAGCCGAAUUGGAGGCGUUUCGGGAGGCCUACAGCAUGCUCAGGGCUCUGGUCGACAUUGACGGCGAACCACCACCUCACGAUCUCUACGAGCGCGACGCGGCAGCUGAAGAGCACCGACUGACGGAUGGCGGCAGCCUUGCUAGGCAAGAGAGCGACGACGAAGUCCCAGCAGAUCUCUUAGUUUCGCCAUCGGAUCAAAGCGGCCCUCCGUCGUUCGAUGGCCAUGGUAGCGACGCCCACGGCCCCCCGUCGCAGAGAGUGGACAGCGAGAAUGAGGUGCCGCCCGAAUUUCUGGCCGAGCAUGAUAGGCGCGACUAAUGUGAACCGCCACGCAACGAUGAGAUGACCAUGUACUAACGACUCGGCCGGGCUUGAGCACUUAGCAUGAAAGCAUGCGAGCG